CUUCCUACGUCUAUGGAUAACCGAUAUCGGUCAGAUCGGUCAUAUGUGACGAACAUGGCGGAAUCCACAAAUAAUUCGGAGGAUGACCGACUCUCGUGCAAAAUUCUGAUUAUCGGUGCCGGUAUGGCCGGGCUGUCGGCGGCGACUCACUUAUUGAAGAACAGCGAGACGGAUUUUCUUAUCGUCGAGGCGCGCGGACGAAUAGGCGGACGAAUCGUUGCUGCUCCAAUUGGUACGGUUGGCCUAACCUCUCCUCGACGGCAAUGAAAACGUUGAAUUAGGGGCAAAUUGGAUCCAUGGUGUACUAGGUAAUCCCAUGUUUGAACUAGCGAUGGCAAAUGGUUUAAUAGAUAUCGUACACGUGCCGAAACCUCAUAAAGUAGUGGCUGCACUGGAGGAUGGGAAACAAUUACCAUUUCCCGUCUUGCGGGAGAUUUACGAGGCUUAUGUGUGCUUUUUGAGACGAUGCGAAGAAUAUUUUCUAAGCACAUAUACUCCUCCAGAUGGUAUAACUAGCGUAGGGGCGCACAUUGCAUUGGAAGCGGAGAUAUAUCUUUCGUCCUUGCCAUUUGAACAACGACGAGUGAGACAACUGAUCUUUGAUUGUCUGCUCAAGAGAGAGACCUGCGUUACAGGCUGCGACAGCAUGGACGAAGUGGACCUCCUGGAAAUGGGCUCCUACGACGAGCUUCAAGGCGGAAAUAUUAGUCUUCCAAACGGAUACAGUGCUAUAUUGGAACCUGUUUCGAAGCACAUACCAAAGAGUUGUAUUCUUACCCGGCAUGUUGUGACAAAGAUUAGGUGGCGUCCCCAGAAAGACGUCGAUCCUGCGGGAAACUCCGAUUCUAAAUCGAAUAGCCUUAUAGAAGUACAAUGUGAAAACGGAAAGACGAUUACCGCGGAACACGUAGUAUGUACAUUACCGUUGGGCGUUUUGAAAAGGACAGCUUCGGACUUGUUUGAACCAUCGUUGCCGGCUUAUAAACUCGAGGCGAUAAACAGACUGAUGUUCGGUACAGUGAAUAAAAUCUUUCUCGAAUACGAACGACCUUUCCUGAAUCCCGGUGUCUCGGAGGUGAUGCUCCUUUGGGACGACGAGCGGUUGCCUGAAGCAGACAAGCGGGACAUUAGCAAGACCUGGUUCAGGAAGAUAUACUCGUUCAUUAAAAUCUCGGAUACGUUGCUGCUCGGUUGGAUAUCCGGUCGCGCGGCCGAAUACAUGGAGAAACUGAGUACAACGGAAGUGGCGGAAGUGUGCACAACGAUUCUGCGGCGAUUCCUCAACGAUCCUUUCGUACCGACUCCGAAAAGCUGCCUACGCACCACGUGGCAUUCGCAACCCUUCACGCGAGGUUCCUACACCGCGAUGGCUGUCGGAGCGAGUCAGUUGGACAUCAGAAGUUUGGCCGAGCCGUUGAUCCAGGAGAAGGAAGAUGAGACGGACGGAACGGCUAAUGUUUUGGUGGCAUUCGCGGGUGAACACACUCAUUCCUCGUUCUACAGCACGGUACACGGAGCAUACUUGACCGGUCGAACGGCUGCUGAAUUACUCUUAGGCGUCAAACAGAGCGAGAAGCACGCGUUGAAUCUUAGCUGCGAGGACACUAGUGAUCUCAGUUCGUGGAUACAAGGCAUUUCUCUGAAUUAAUGCACGCUUUUUUUUUUAAAAGAAAACAUGUAUGAUGUAUUUAGCGGCUAUGUAUACAUUACGUUUACACGCGAUUACUUUCAUUUUGUAAAUAUACUGUAAUGCGAAGCUAUCAUCUCUAUACACAUCAUGUACAUAAUGGUGCUUUUUUAAAGUUUUAAGACUGCAAAUUGUGGAUUAUGCGAAUGAGGCGCAUGUUCCAUCAUAUUGCAUAUUUUAUCAUAUUGCAUACAUUGUGCCAUGAACGAAUAAUGCGAAUAAAAUCGAGAUAAGCAAAUCCGUGACAUCAAUGUCAUUGAUAUUGUGAGUGAUCAACAUAUGUAUGUGAAUGUUACAAAUGAUUCGGCACGGACAUUAUUUCAUUCAGACGCGAAAAUAUUUUAAAUAUAACGACACAGAUAUUUUUUAAGUGUUCGUGCACUUAUUUUAUAAAGUCGCCCGAAUUAGUAUAAAUGUUUUUGCAAAUCUUGUGUAGAUAAUAUAUCGGAUCCAGUCGAAUUUAUAUGGAUGAGCCUAAUUCUAUUUACGUGAGACAUAACGAUAUUUUUAAUUAUUAUGAUGUGAAUGUAUAUAAUACACACACACACAAAUUAGUAGUGAGAUUUAUAAGAAGUUGAAAAGCAUAUACAAUUUAUUCUCAAUUUUCUUAUACUCUGAAAUGUAAAUUAUUCGCUUGCUUGACUUCUUUGUUAUCACUUAUCACCCAUAUUUAUUGUUUAGUAAACAAAGUUGUUAUAUAUUAACUUAAUCUAGUCAAUUUAAAAGAUAUGCGAGAGCGAUGUAUUUGAUAAAUAAUAGUAAGUUUUUUUUUACCAAACUUAGUAACAAAAUCAUGAUGACAUUGAAAUGGUUUUUUCUAUGAAAUAGAACAGAUAUUCUACUUGUUUUAUAUUAUUUUACAUUACUAUAUGUAAUGUUAUAUUGUAGUAGAUGUUAUAUGCUGAUGCCAUCAAAUUAGUAUCAACUCUUGAAAUACUAAAUGAAUGGAAAAGAUAGAAAAUAUCUACUUGAAAAAACUGCGAGAGUUAUUAAUAUAUGUGUAAAUCUCCAAAAAACUUAUAAGAGUAGAAUUGUUUAUUAACAAAUACUGCACUUCAUAUUAAAAAGAAUAUUAAUGUGGAAUAAGUGACUUGAUUAUUUUACAAAGUUUUUGAAAGAAAAAUAUUGUAAUCGUAAGAGUGCAUAUUCAGAAUAUGAAAAAAAGAGGAAUGCCUGAUAGAAAUGUGACCGAAAAAUUUCUUAUUUAUUUUAUAAAAACGUUAUUUAUAUAGAAAAUGUCAAGGAAAUUAAUAUACAUCAAAAACGAAAGUGGAAAACGCUUUGAGCUAUUAUAUCCGUCUGUAAAGAAAGUUAUUUCCCCCUUUUUGAUUAUAUUUAUA